AUGCCGCAGACUGCACGAUGGGCCGGGAGUCCCUCUAUUAAGGGGAAGUCGGAGUCGAUGCGCAUGAUGCUUUUGACGUUUAGUCUGGUGGGAUUACAAUUUACCUGGGGUACUGAGAUGACCUACUGUACGCCGUAUCUUCUUCAACUCGGCUUGACGAAAUCGAAAACUUCCUUGGUGUGGAUUGCUGGUCCACUUUCUGGAUUGAUUAUCCAGCCUCUCAUUGGUGUUAUUGCGGAUCGGUCACGAUCGAAAUGGGGCCGACGGAGACCUUUCAUGAUCUGUGGAUCUUUCGUCGUGGCGUUUUGUCUAUUCGUGCUGGGAUGGACUGCGGAGAUUGUGGGGAUGUUUGUACAGGAUCCGGAGAAGGCUAAAAAUGCCACCAUUGCAUUGGCGGUGUCAAGCAUCUAUGCCGUGGAUUUUUCUAUCAACGUUGUACAAGCAUGCUGUCGCAGUCUGAUUGUGGAUACAUUACCGAUUCCAUUGCAACAAGCUGGAUCUGCUUGGGCGGGCCGAAUGUGCGCCAUUGGACAACUCAUUAGUUACGUUGUCGGUUCUAUCGACACGGUCAGCAUUUUUGGAAGUCUUUUUGGAGAUACUCAAUUCAAGCAGAUGACUGUCAUUGCGGCGUUUUCCUUGAUUGCCGCUGUUGCGGUUACCUCAUACUCUGUGAAGGAACGCGUCCUUAUCUCGCCAAGAGAUUCGGACGACAAGCUUGGCGCGUUUCAGGUGAUAGCACAAUUAUUCAAAACUACAAUGGAAUUGCCGCCGCGCAUCCAAGCCAUCUGCUGGGCUCAAUUUUGGGCUUGGAUCGGCUGGUUCCCAUUCCUGUUCUACAGUACCACAUGGGUGGGUGAGACGUACUUCCGAUACGAAGUACCCCAAGACGCGAUGAUCAAUACGACCGAUAUGCUCGGCGAAGUUGGUCGUGUGGGCAGUCUAUCCCUGGUCGUCUUCUCCUCCAUUACUUUUUUCAGCGCUGUUGUACUCCCAUUCUGUGUACAAGCCCCCGAUACCAAACGCUCUCGCUUCACACCCCGCCCACCUCCAGGCAUGGCCCGUAUCCUCAAAGUUCUGACUGCAAUCCGUCCGGAUCUCCAAACCGCUUGGUUAAUCUCACAGAUCAUGUUCGCCGCAACGAUGAUCUUUGCACCGCUUGCUCAUUCCCGCGGAUUCGCCACCUUCCUCGUCGCAGUCUGCGGUAUCCCUUGGGCAAUCAGCAGUUGGGCACCCUUCGCCUUCAUGGGUGUAGAAAUCAAUAAGCUCACUAUGAACGGCGCUACCGCUCCCGGAAUUGCAGCCUCGUCUACCCGUUCCGGCGUGACGAUGAUCACAUCUGCCAGUCUGCGCAACAAUCCAGCCGCAGACACCGAACUGGAAGUCCUGCGUCUGAACCACCGGGACUCAGAUAGCGACACAGACGAAGAGGAUCCAUCUUCCCUCUCCUCUAACAUUCCAUCAACAGGCGAGCUGGCGGGUAUCUAUCUCGGCGUCUUGAACGUAUACACCACCCUACCCCAGUUCGUCGGAACAUUCAUCAGCUGGAUCGUUUUCAGUAUCCUCGAGCCAGGCGCCAAGCCUAGCCAGGAUGGCGAUGCAUCUGAUACACAGUGGAUGAACCUUGACAAGGAUAAACCUAACGCUAUUGCCGUGUGUCUGUUUAUCGGUGCGUUAAGUGCGCUUGUUGCUGCUGAAGCAACUAGGCGAUUACGAUACGUGCUAUAA